GUUGCAUUUGCUAAUAAAUAAUACUCCUGCCUCAAUCAAUUUAUGUUGUUCGCAAGAGGAAGUCUUUGUGUAUACUAGGUAUACCAUUUAAAUGGUAUAUUAGCAAUAGAAUAAUACUAAAAUCAGAAGUGGGGUCAUUUUAGUUAGAAAAGAAAAAGGAAAUGGGGGUUAAUUCUUAGCGCCAUGAAAAUUUGGUGAAAUUCUAGAGAGAGUGUGAAAAUUUCUCCAAUUGCGCCAAUGUCACUGCUGAAAUUUUAGGCGGCAAAAAUGGUGAAAUUAUUUGCAUAAUUUUUUUCCGUAAACUUUAAUUUCUAUUCGGUUUAAUUUCUUCCCCCAAUUUCUUCCCCCAAUUUCAUAAUUAUUUUUCAGAUCUGGUUUGUUUGAUUAAAAUUUUGAAAUCCGUAUGAAUGAAGCCCUCGAAUGUGGAAGCUGGGCUCACCUUGUGUAUGGUGUUUGUCAUGAAGUAGGCGUGGAUAAGUUGGCCAAAAAUUGGUAGGCGCCGGAAAUGAGAACUUCUAAGGAGGGUGAAGGAGUGGUUGGAAGCAAAAGGAGGUUGCAAUUAAACCAGGGUUGUAUAAUCAGCGAGAAAUGUGGAUACCUGCAUAUGUGAAGCAUAUUUUUUGGGCGGGGAUGCAGACGACUCAGAGGGUUGAGAGUAUUAACAGUUUCUUCGACGGGUACUUGAAGAAGAAUACGAGAUUAUAUCAGUUUGCUCCUAGGUACUGCAAGGCCAUGGAAAGUAGGGCCAAUGAUGAAAAAGCUGCUGAUGUGAACUGCUGUCGUUUUACUCGGUCUUUGGUUGGAGAGUUUGCUGUGGAGAGGAAGUUCCAGAAACUAUAUACGGAUGCGAAGUUCGUUGAAGUCCAGAUCCAAUGUAUGCGGGUAUGUUACGUAACACCUAUUACUUCGAAAUUAGUUUCUGAUGUGGAGGUUGAGCAUACGGUGUCUGACAAAGUAUGGGUAUGGUCCAAGUUCUUGAGAAAGGAAAUAUCUUUGGCAGGCCGGAAGCGUAUAUACGUCGUGAUGUUCAACAAGGAGACCUCUUUUGCAAAGUGUGACUGCAAACAUUUCGAGUGCCACGGCAUUAUGUGUAGGCACAUCAUUAAGGUGUUGGACGUGGAGGAUGUGGAAAAUGUGCCUGCUGGAUAUAUAGUUGACCGAUGGAGGAAAGAUAUACAACGCAAGCACACUCUUGUGAAGGUUGCUUAUCAUGAUCCCGAGAAAACAGAAGAAGUUAAGCGCUAUGACCGGAUUAUGAAUGCGGUGGAACCUGCUGCCCUCCGUGGAUCACUUUCCGAGCAGAAGUUGGAUUUGGUCAUAGAAGGUAUUAUGAAUAUUGUGUUACGUCUUGAUGAGAGUGAUGCUCUUUCAGCAGUUGGUGAUAACGAAGCUGGUGCACUGACUUCCGGGGGGAACAGGAUGGCCAUUGUUGGUCCUACGACACCAGGCUCCGUUAACAAACCUCCAAACAGCGUUGGGGAUGAUACUACCACACUUACCCCCCCUAUUAUGGUUAAAGAUCCUGUUCCGCGCGGUGGUUUAAAGGCUCACAGGACUCGUGAAAAAAGAUUUUUACAACCAGGUGAGAAUAAAAACCCCGCAAGGAAGCAAGUCAGGAAAAACAAGAGUGUUGUACCACAAGACUUUCCAGAGACCAGCAAUUGUCAGAACACUUGCCUUCCUCAACACAACUACGUGCAGCAGCCAAACACCUUCCAUCCUGGUUGGGGAUCCCACGAUCAAUAUGGGUAUAGUGCUGAUUACCCGCCUCAAAUGGCUGGGCAAGUAAGGGGGACUAUGGUAUACCCUCAGCAGAACUACAACAAUGGGGUAUCCGUUCAACAGUUUCAGUCAUCUGGAAGAGUAAGUGGAGUUGUUGCCACAAAUUUGUUUCCCUCAGGACAGACAGAAAUUCGCAUGUCUGUGGGUGGGAUUCGUAUGACCCCGGAGGGUGGUGACGUACUUUUGUCCCAAGACCGUUGUGGUAUAUCAAUGUCACAAAACAUAUCUGGUGGUCCAAUUGCCCAAAACCUAUCCGGUUUACACAUGUCCCAGAACAUUAAUGGUGUGCAAAUGUCGCAAAACUUGAGUGGAGUGCAAAUAUCUCAGAUGUCGCAAAUGUCCCAGAAUGCUGGUUCCAUUCGUUACUUCACCAGUAACAGCAGCAACAGAGGUGGAAAUUAUCAAGAUGCCGGGACUCAUUGUAUGCCUGCAAAUCAUAACCAGCACCGGCAUAGUUUCCAGGUUGUGAACGAAACCUCCCAUGGGAAUCACCGUAGUUAUCAACCAACUACUAAACACUUGUUGUAGUCCAAUCCGGGUUUUUUAGUCAAUGAGGGUGGGUGUGGAACGCAUUCUACACAUGGCGCCAGUGGUAAUCCAGUAUUCACUCAAGACCUGCUCGGUUGUCAUGACCUUACGAAGAAUUAGAAUUGAUUUCCAUGGUGAAAUCCACCCAAUAAAUCUACAUUUGUGGUACGUUAUUUGAAGUUGAUUGACUUCCAUCCAAUAAGUCUGAAUUAUGGCGUGUUACCCAAUUUGGGGUUUACAGGAUGUCGUAACUUAAAUAAGGUUACUUUAGAUACUUUCGUAAACUGAAUUUUCAUAAUUGACACAGAACUCUGAAUUACUUCGUGUUUGCUAUGUACUAAACCAUGUAUAAUUCGGUAAUUUGGUACCCUACUUCGUGUUUGCUAUUUUUAACAGUAUUUGUGUUAGUGUUUUUGCGGUAUCUGUUAUAGAACGACUAUUUGUUAAAGUUAUAGGGGUACUACAUCUUGUCGUAACACCAGUACUUUUUUUUUAAAAAUAAAGACGAAUAAUACGUAUGAAGAAUAAGAAUAAGACUAGUAAUACGAAAAGCAUCAUCCGCAAAAUAUUACAUGGAAGGCAGCGCCGCCUAGGUUGAAACUAUAAAAUACACCUAUUACAUUUCCUACGAGCUAAAGGUAGGCAAUGUCUGAACAACAACAAAUAACUUACCUGUUACUAUUACGCCAUAGAAGUAGGAUAGAAAAAUCUACCCAAACCUAAUAACUAAAUACGUCAUGGUGAUGAAUACUAUGCCGAUAAAUACUACGCCGUAGUUAAGCUAGUACCUAACUAAGUUCUUAUACUAUAGGUAAAAACCACCCUACAUAAUAAGUACUACACACACACUGAUGGGGAAAAUUGUGUAUAGGUAAAAACCACCCUACAUAAUAAGUACUACACACACACUAAUGGGGAAAAUUGUGUAUAAUAGCUCCAGACUCUGGCGCUUACAGUUCCAGUUUACGCGCAAGUGGUUGCUUCUGGAGCUUCACCGACUGCAUAAAUCAAAUAAACGAUUACAAUCAACAAAAAUGUUUUCUAAUUGUCUACAUUACAUAGUUCGUAUGAGACAUAAUAAUAGCGGUAGCGGUACCAUACUCACCCAUAACGGUACCAUACUCACCCAUAAAAUAUCGGUAUGCAUUGUAAUGCAGUACUAUGUACACCUGUUUGGUACUAUGCAGUCAACCCAAUGCAGUAAGCAUACCUGUUUGGUACCCUAAUGGAAGUACCAGACGGUGUAAAACAAAGCGUUGGGAACCGAAAUAAGAAAUUAAAUGAAGUACCUCAAAUAAGACAGUAAACAGGAGGUUGGCCGAACCCAAAUCAGAUUCAUUGUAAUUUGGUAACAAGUCGUUUCCCCGCCACAUAAGGACAACCCCUCCGCAUUGAUUCUCAAACCAUUUGGAUUGAUAUUCUCCUGGUAAGUUUCUAAUUAGCUCCCUGCAGUCGUUGUUACUUAUUCGGGCUUCAGUAACGACCAUGAGUGAUGGAUGGUGCCUUGCAAACAUCUCAAAGAAGGUGGCUCUGAAUGAGGGUCUGGUCAUGGAUAGGGCGUUCCAUGCAACGACCACCGUACCUCGUGGUAUGAAGGCGGAAACCUCCGUCCCAACCAUAGUCUUUCCCUCUAAGCACACCUCAGUGUAAGCCCGUCGUUUGGUCUGAAAAUACCUUGGAACAACAGUAAUUUCCACCCCAGUAAACGUAUGUUCCACACUCAUAACAUGAAUAGCAUGAGCGUUGGAUGCAAUGAAAACGUGGCUCCUGGAAUCAGGGAAAUUGUACACAGGGAGGUCGUCCACAACUACAGCUGGUCUAGGGUCUACCACAGCGAGGAGGUUGUUCGGGUACAACAACCACGACCCUUGUGCAGCAAGCCGGUUGGAACACCAAUCUAAGUAAGCCCAAAACCCAAGAUGCAUAUUAGGGUGGUCCGUAAUUAAAGGGUGGUGUGCAGGCAGGAUUUUACCUGCAGAGGUGACCAUCACAGAACAAGGGAACAUAACAGGGUGGUAAGGCAACUUACUAACGGCACAAUAAAGCUGGAUAUUCAGGUCAGUUUUGAUUGCGUGCGGCACACGGAGACCAUUUUCUGCGUCUUCGACGUCGAUGGAGUAGUAAGUGGUGUUGUAGUUCAAUUCAGGCCCGUUUGAAGAUUUUGGCUGCUCGAAGUACAUUAUGGCUUUUGGGUGGCAGAGUAGUGUUCGGCUGCUAUCACAAACAAGGAUAGAUUUGCCUUUGUCCAUUUUUGGCAGGUUUGCCGGUGGAGAAUUUGGAAACAAUUAGGGUUUGAACAGCUAGAAGGAGAAACAAGUGGGUUGGUUUGAGGAGUCCCCACUGGAAGGAGGUUGUCAACUAUAAAGGGAAGUGAAUACUACACUAAAGUUGUCGGUGAAAAAACGUAGUGAAAUAAAUUCCUAACAACCUAGGUGGGUUAAAAAGUUAUUACGUCGUUUGGUACCACCAGGUUUACUGAUCUUAUUACUUGGUACCGCUCCAGAGUACUUUUCCAGUAAAUGCAAACUACUGCAAUUUAACGUUAUCUGCAUAAUUGUUCUUAUUGUUGAGUGAAAUCAAUAGUUGAAUGUUGAACACAAUUUAUCCGACUUUGGUGAUGUUUUCGUUUGAUUCAGUAGUUUGGGACACUAAUAUUGUCGGUAUGGAACAACAGACUACUAAGAAUCGGAUUUUAGGGUUAUGUGUUGUCGUUACUAUGACUUGUAUAGGACACUAUUAUUGUCGGUAUGUAACAGUAGACCACUAAGAAUUGGAUUUUAGGGAAAUGUGGUUUCGUUAUCAUAAGUAGUUUGGGACACUAAUAUUGUCCGUAUGGAACAACAGACUACUAAGAAUCGGAUUUUAGGGUUAGUUACUAUGACUUGUAGGACACUAAUAUUGUCGGUAUGUAACAGUAGACCACUAAGAAUUGAAUUUUAGGGAAAUGUGGUUUCGUUAUCGUAAGUAGUUUGGCACACUCAUAUUGUCGGUAUGGAACAGUAGACUACUAAGAAUUGGAAUUUAGGGUUAUGUGCAAGUUAGUGAUAUGUUUGAAGGUAAAGGGUGUAGGGUACUUUAAUGUGUUAAAAGUCGGAUAUUAUAGGUCUUUAAUUUGCCGUGACCUAUUCGACACUAGGGUGUCCGAACAUUGUUAACUCAUAUUUGAAAUGACUCCAAACCCAAUAUUAGUAAUAAAAUGUAAUGAUUACAUUUGUGAACUUUUAUUAGUAUUAGUACCUCAUUAAUAGGUUGUUUACGUCUUACAAUAUAAUGUGUUUAUGUCUUACAAUAUGUGUUUAAAAUUGAAAAUUCUCACGUCUUAGAAUAAAAUGUGUUUACGUAACAAUAUAACAAUGUAAGAUUACAUGGUUGUCUUAAUUUACGUAUGUUAUGAUGUUCGAUGAUGUUAUCCUGAUAUUUAUAUUCAAAAUAUCAAGUGUUAUUAAUUUAUGCAAAUACGAAAAUUGAAAUUUUAUGAUUUCAUGAUGACCACGAUCUGUACGCAUACGACCAUACAUUACACUUAGUAAGACUAUUACUACAUAAUUAUAUACAUAUGUGGUUAUAAAAUGAUAAUUACCUCCUAAGUGAAUGAAUUAGGUAAAUCUAAGGUAAUCGGAUUGAAUGGAUUUUUGAAAUCAACUAUCGGGUUCUUAACACUACUAAGGAUUUAUACCGUCAUUGGUUUGAUUUUCAACCCUAGACCCAAAUGAGAUUUGGGCGACUUCUCGACCGGGUACACAUUCAGUCCCUUAACCAAUACGAAUAAUUUACCAAUGCGAUUAAUUAACCGAUACGAUUAAUUAACCAAUACGAUUAAUUAACCAAUAACAAAUACGAUACAUUAAAAACUAAUUUUAAAUUAAGUUCCCAAACGUACGAAAUGGCCUAUCCCAAACAACGCAGUAAUAGGAGAAUUCCAAAAUUAAUUUGAAACAUUGAGCGGGAAUUUUCCCGCCUCCCUCAGUAAAAAUUCAAAAGUGUUGGAAGCUUGUCAAAGAAUCUUUGACUUUGACCACCACAGCUAUAUAAGCCACAAGAAGUUGGCCACUUCCUAGCUCAUUUUAAAUAAUUUAAAAUUAAAAGCACUCCGGCUAAUGUCUCAUAGUUCUAAUUCCCUAAGGUCACCGCCGGCAAACGUGGGAUGCGUAGAUGGCCGGAAGAUGCUCUGGUGCGAGACGAUCAGUUGUCCAACAUGCAUCACUUGCAUAACUGAACUAAGGAUUUCACAGACAACCACAAAUCCACAUAAAUUAUAUUUUAAAUGUCGAUUUUGUGGGUGGUUCCGGUGGGUUGAAGAUCACAAUUUAAUAACAGAGGAAAACAUGCUGCCAUCGCGUCUUGUUGAUGUUGGGCUGGACCGCGUCCUCCACCGCCUCGACAAGAUUGAAUCAUGCAUUUGGAUGUUGUAUAAAUUAUUCUUCGUUUGUCUUAUAGUUUUUGUGUAUUUUCUCCUCCCAAAGUAAAUCGACGUUUCCUUUGUAAAAGAUCGUAAUAAUCAAUAAAAAGCGUAUUUUAAGAGUUGGACAA